AUGGAGAUUGGAGGUCAAUGUACUGGUGGUUCUAACGCAGUGAUUGGGGGUCAAUGUACUUUUACCACUAACGCAGUGAUUGGGGGUCGAUGUACUGGUGGUUCUAGCGCAGUGAUUGGGGGUCGAUGUACUGGUGGUUCUAGCGCAGUGAUUGGGGGUCGAUGUACUGGUGGUUCUAGCGCAGUGAUUAGGAGUCAAUGUACUGGUGGUUCUAGCGCAGUGAUUGGGGGUCGAUGUACUAGUGAUUCUAGCACAGUGAUUGGGGGUCGAUAUACUUUUACCUCUAACUCAGCGAUUGGGGGUCGAUGUACUGGUGGUUCUAACGCAGUGAUUGGGGGUCGAUUGAUUGGGGGUCGAUGUACUGGUGGUUCUAGCGCAGUGAUUGAUGGUCGAUGUACUGGCGGUUCUAGCGCAGUGAUUGGGGGUCGAUGUAUUAGUGGUUCUAGCACAGUGAUUGGGGGUCGAUGUACUUUUACCUCUAACGCAGUGAUUGGGGGUGGAUGUACUGGUGAUUCUAGCGCAGUGAUUGGGGGUGGAUGUACUGGUGGUUCUAGCGCAGUGAUUGGGGGUGGAUGUACUGGUGGUUCUAGUGCAGUUAUUGAGGGUCGAUGUACUUUUACCUCUAACGCAGUGAUUGGGGGUCGAUGUACUGGUGGUUCUAGCGCAGUGAUUGGGGAUCGAUGCACUUUUACCUCUAACGCAGUGAAUGGGGGUCGAUGUAUUAGUGGUUCUAGGACAGUGAUUGGGGGUCGAUGUACUUUUACCUCUAACGCAGUGAUUGGGGGUCGAUGUACUUUUACCUCUAACGCAGUGAUUGGGGGUCGAUGUAUUAGUGGUUCUAGGACAGUGAUUGGGGGUCGAUGUACUUUUACCUCUAACGCAGUGAUUGGGGGUCGAUGUACUGGUGGUUUUACCACAGUGAUUGGGGGUCGAUGUAAUGGUGGUUCUAGCGCAGUGAUUGGGGGUCGAUGUAUUGGUGGUUCUAGCGCAGUAAUUGGGGGUCGAUUUACUUUUACCUCUAACACAGUGAUUGGGGGUCGAUGUAUUGGUGGUUCUAGCGCAGUGAUUGGAGGUCGAUGUAUUGGUGGUUGUAGCGCAGUGAUUGGGGGUCGAUGUACUGGGGGUUCUAGCGCAGUGAUUGGGGGUCGAUGUACUGGUGGUUUUAACACAGUGAUUGGGGGUGGAUGUACUUUUGGCUCUAGUGCAGUGAUUGGGGGUGGAUAUACUGGUGGUUCUAGCGCAGUGAUUGGGGGUCGAUGUAAUUUAACCUCUAACGCAGUGAUUGGGGGUCGAUGUACUGGUGGUUCUAGCGCAGUGAUUGGGAGUCGAUGUACUGGUGGUUCUAGCGCAGUGAUUGGGGGUGGAUGUACUGGUGGUUCUAACGCGGUGAUUGGGGGUGGAUGUACUGGUGGUUCUAGCGCAGUGAUUGGGGGUGGAUGUACUGGUGGUUCUAACGCAGUGGUUGGGCGUGGAUGUACUGGUGGUUCUAACGCAGUGAUUGGGGGUCGAUGUACUGGUGGUUCUAGCGCAGUGAUUGGGGGUCGAUGUACUUUAACCUCUAACGCAGUGAUUGGGGGUGGAUGUACUGGUGGUUCUAGCACAGUGAUUGGGGGUGGAUGUACUGGUGGUUCUAGCGCAGUGAUUGGGGGUGGAUGUACUGGUGGUUCUAGCGCAAUGAUUGGGGGUCGAUGUAUUGGUGGUUCUAACGCAGUGAUUGGGGGUCGAUGUACUUUUGGCUCUAACGCACUGAUUGGUGAACAAUUUGUUAAGACUGGCUGCAGUAUUCAGGCGUAA